UCUGUGAUUAGCCAUUCUUUCUUAAGAACUGUCACUUCCAUUUUGUGUUGUGCUGUUUACGCGGCGUUUCGAGAUAUCGAAAUUGCUGGUUUUAAUUAUUUUAUAGCUGAACAUUCACACAGAGUGCAAAUUUCGGUAUUGUUCAUAAUGAGUACCCGUGUUUUUGUGGGUGGUCUCACUUACAAAAUCCGCGAACGCGAUAUCGAAAAAUUUUUUCGCAAAUAUGGCCGAAUUAGGGAAGUCUCGAUGAAAAAUGGCUAUGCUUUUGUAGAGUUUGAAGAUCAUCGUGAUGCUGAAGAUGCGGUUUAUGAAAUGAACGGUAAGGAACUUAUGGGAGAUAGGGUUACUGUAGAAAGGGCACGCGGAACCCCGAGGGGUAGUGACCGUUGGCGCGACAGUAGGGAUAGAGGAGGCUAUGGAGGUCCACCAAGAGGCCGCGAUAGGGAUCGUGAUCGUGAUCGCGAGCCAAGGGGAAGAGAAAAAUACGGACCUCCCACCCGCACAGAGUAUAGAGUUGUAAUAGAGAACCUAUCGAGCCGUUGCAGUUGGCAGGAUUUGAAAGAUUAUAUGAGAAAAGCUGGUGAAGUAACUUACGCAGAUGCUCAUAAGCAAACUCCAAAUGAAGGCGUGGUAGAGUUUGCCAGUUAUAAUGAUAUGAAGAAUGCUAUAGAAAAACUAGAUGACACUGAAGUAAAUGGCAGAAGAAUUCGAGUCAUUGAAGCUAGUAAGGCUGCCAAACGCAGUAGAUCCCAUUCCAGAAACAGAUCCAGAUCUCGUUCACAAAGUGGUAGACGGUCAAAUUCACCCAAGAAAUCAACUUCCAGGUCCCGUUCUAGAUCAAGAAAUGGACGUUCUAGGUCACGUUCCAAGGAAAAUGAUGACAACAGGUCAAAAUCAAGAUCUAGAUCAAAUGACAGAACCUAAUUGUAUUCUCAAUAUGAGAUUUAAUUGUGCCAAGUUGGCAAAAAUUUGUAUGCUUAUUUUCUUAAUUAUUCCUGCUAGAUAUGUAAAUGUUUAAUCCUUUUUUUAUUGGCUAAUGUUUUGGUGGUCAUAUUAUCAUGAUAGACAUACAGUACAGUUUAUUCACUUCAUUUAAACAAUCCAGUAGUAAUGUUCUGCUUAGAUAUAGUUAGCCAAACUCUUCUCAUAUAGAUUUGUUUUAUUUGUCAAAUUUGGGAUUUGUAAUAAUAAAAAUAUGCUUCUUGA